AUGAAAGAGUAUCGUCGGUCGAUUGGACGAUGGAGGUUGUUAGCAUUCGUUCUCCUGUUGUGUGUUGUUGCCCUCUUGGUAGGAAUUAUCAUCAUAUCCUUCGUUAAGAACAGACAACUAGAAGAUCAAAAGAUACCAUACUGUUCUGGGAAGGAGGACAUCAAUCUGGCGGAGCCGACUGUUCCAUCGGUAUUUCACGACCUUACUGCAGUUGAGGUCGAUGGACUCAUGAAAUACUUGCAUUCCCAGAGAAGUCUGAAUUUAGUGAAACCUGCAGAUGCUAAAGUAAACAACAGCUAUGUCUACCUGGCAGAGAUUUAUGUGCCGCCAAAGAUCAAAGUAUUGGACUAUCUGGAUAACAAUGAUGUAAAACCUGAUAGGGAAGCAAUUGUCACAAUAUUCAGGGGAGAUAAGCGACCUCCGAUAGUAGAAGAGUAUUUAGUCGGUCCCCUUCCUAACCCUAGUAAUUUGAAGGAAGUUCCUUACCAUCGACAGAAAAUCCCUUUCAAUCUUCGGCCAUUUACUGGACCAGAAUGGGGCUUUCAAAUGUAUGCUGUUAAUGCAGCCAUUCACAGCACUUUAUAUGACCUUGUUUUCGAAAGUUUUGGCGGAAAGUUUAUACAUUGUGAUGAUAAAUGUUUGAGAUUGGUUGUGCCUGCCCCGUAUUCUCCUGCAGUAUCCGGUGUACCUCACGGACGAAAGACAUGGUUCACUAUGGUACGCUUGGUAGAUGUUUUCUUUUUACAUCCGCUUGAUUUUGCUGUUCUUAUUAAUUUUAAUUACGACACUCAAAACAUUGAGUUCGAAAAAGUUUGGUACAAUGGACAAUCAUUUAAUAGUCUUGAGGAAUUAGCAGCUGGCUAUUCUGACGGAACUGUUAGAAAAACAAAAGUACCUUUUCCUUCGAAAAAUGACAGAACGUUUUCCAAAAUGACAAGACGUGGUCCGGCCUUUCAAAACGAAUUCAAAAGAGAUCCGCUACAGUUUGAACCUGAUGGCAAGAGGUACACCAUACAUCACAACCAUGUGGAGUAUAUGGGCUGGAAGUUCUACUAUAGAAUGUCGCCUGUAUCUGGACCACAGAUAUACGACGUCCGAUUCAGGGACGAAAGGAUUGCUUACGAAAUUAGUUUGCAGGAAAUAGUAGUGUUCUAUGCUGGAUCAAAACCGAGUCAGAUGUUGGCAGAAUAUUUUGACAGUUGCACCCUGAUAGGGAUCCAAGAUAAAGGACUUGUACCAGGAAUCGAUUGUCCAGCUCAUGCCACAUUUAUGGAUACCACAUUCGUUGCAGAAUCCUCCAAAGAACCAAUAAGAUUUAAGAACGCGUUCUGUUUGUUUGAGCAUAACAGCGGAUACCCAUUGAGACGACACCAUUCUCAUUCCAAGUUUUCAGGUAGCUUUUACGAAGGAAUGCCAAAUGUUGUGCUUACACUGAGGUCGGUGUUUACUGUGGGAAAUUAUGACUAUAUAUUUGAUUUCAUCUUCUUCCAGAAUGGUGUUGUCCAAGUGCGAGCCAUGUCCACAGGGUAUAUAUUAGCUACCUUUAAUACUAGAGAAGAGGCGCCCUUUGGAGCUCAGGUACAUGAUGACCUUUUCGGAAAUCUGCAUACUCAUCUUUUCAAUUUCAAGGUAGACAUCGACAUUAAAGGGAAAACAAACCGAUUCGCAACAUGGGACAUUACUCCUACAUCACGACCCAACGAUUACUCCGCGAUACCAAACGCCCACUAUCACAUGAUAAAUUACACACGUGAAGUUAAAGAGACGGAACAGACGGGUGCGUAUAAAUUUGACUUCGAAACUCCAAAGUAUCUCCUGUUUUACAACGAACAGGAAAAGAAUGCUUAUGGAAAUCCAAAGGCAUACCGUAUUUUAAACAAAGGAAUGGUGAAGCAGCUUUUCGCUGAGGGUGAAGGAAAUGAGCCGGCGGCCAGCUGGGCGAGGUACCAGUUGGCUGUGACACAGUACAAGGAGUCAGAGCGGAGGAGUAGCUCUGCGUAUUCUUACAUGGACUCAUCAGAUCCCGUGGUUCAGUUCCAACAUUUUAUUGACGACGACGAAUCCAUCAAAGACGAGGAUUUGGUGGCUUGGGUGACGAUGGGCUUACACCAUAUCCCACACACAGAAGAUCUUCCUGUCACCCCGUCGCCAGGAAUGGACCUUAGUUUCUACCUCCUACCUUACAACUACUUUACAGAGGAUCCAGCCAUGGCAUCAAAGAGUUCUGUCCGAAUAGAACUCAAGGACAGAAGUAAACCGAAAGACGGAGUCCGGGUCAUUCGGUACGGACCUGAAGAGGAAAAGCAAUGUGUCGCUCACAAGAAUAACUAUUAUGACAUGUAUAUGAAAUAUCCGGAAGCCAUUCUCGAAACUGGUAGCAGCUAAAUGGGGGAUGUAUAUAAGUCAUCUCGUUUACUUAUACACAAAAGUAUGCUAGCUGAAAGAACUUUAUGUUGUUGUAAACCAA